CUCUAUCUCGACGGCUCGACGGUAACACGGUCGCCCAUCGUCGCCUGCGCGCGUCUUCCGUUUUCGUUUGGUGAUACGCAGUCAAGUACCCUAUCACCUACUUUGCACUUAUGCACCCGCACUUGUUUUUGGCACUGAAAUAUCUUCCCCUAUGCAAAUUUGAGGGUAUAACUGUAAAUUUUAAAAACUUUGUGUCAGUUUAAUUAUGCUGCUAUUCUAAUGAAACCCAUUUCACUUUAUGGGUUCACUAAGGUUAGGGGUGUGAAUUUGGGAGGCUGGCUUGUGGUAGAAGGGUGGGUUAAACCUUCGCUGUUUGAUGAAAUUCCAAAUGGGGAUAUGCUUGAUGGAACACAAGUGCAAUUCAAGUCAAUGACAUUGCAGAAGUAUGUGAGUGCAGACAAUGGUGGAGGAAUGAAUGUUACUGUGGACCGAGAUGUGCCAUCUACAUGGGAAACCCUCAAGAUAUGGAGAGUAUCUGAGAACGAGUUUCAGUUCCGAUGUGUUGGUGGCCAAUUUUUAACAUUGACUGGUGAAGGGAACUUGAUCUCAGCUACAGCAGGUUCACCUUCUGUGAAUGAGACUUUCUAUGUUGAAUUAGCAUGUAUUUUUGUGAGAUGGAGCAAAAGCGAGAUUCAGUAAUUAGACACUUGCGCGAUCUGUAGAAUAAGUGGCGUGGUGAGAUGCACAAGAAAUAUGUGAAAGAAAAAUCAUUGCAAGUUGCACUUAGAUAUAAACCUGCAGGAGUGAGUGUUGAUGACUAGGAUUGGCUGGUUAAGGAACAUUAUUUUUGUUCAAAAUUUCAGAAAGCAAGCCAACGAAAUACACUUAAUAGAGACAAAAGAAAGAUGCUCCACCACACGGGCAAUAAACCAUUUAGACAAAUUACGUGGGAACUGUUCACAGGUAAGGCAAUUAAUGUGUUGAAUAAAGAUAAUAUACAUCGAUGCCGUUGGUGUGGCUGCUUCAGUUCAAGAUAAAUGAGGUCAUGCAAAUGGAUCCAGACACGGCUACACCUUGGUAAGGAAUAGUGCAAAGGUUCUACUCCUUGGUCAUCAUAUUGGAGAUCCUGGCUUGGCUGAUGGUCAGAAUUAUGAUAAUUGGACUUCUGUUGGUAACUAUUUUCCUUUAUUAAAUUGAAAAAUUCAUGCUCAUUUUCUUUUGGUCACAAUGUUAUAUCUUAUGAUUAUUGCGUUAUUCAUUAUUACUUUAUGCAGACCUUCUUUGAACAUAAUUUGCUGAAAUAUAGCAAAAAAAAUUCAUUAGCAACAAUUUUAGAGGAAAAAGUGUCAUACUCCCCUCUUGUUCGAGAGCAACGAUAUUGUAGAGUUCCUAAGUAGAUUUAAUUGAUCCAUUUUAGAGAUUACAAAUUGAAUAAAUUCUUUCUGCUUGCAUGUAAGCAUGUGCAAGAAGUGUAAAUAUUUAGAUCCACUAGAAAUGUCAUAUGCAAGCCUGUGCACAUAAACAGACCUAGCUUUGAAACAGGCAUCAUUCCUCUUCCUAAACUUACACUCAAGUAUAAACUUUUUGUAUGCGAACUUAUAAAAUUAAACGUCUUAGAGAAAAAUACCGAAAGUUUGACACUUGAUUACUAACUAUGUUUGCCUGUUAGCAACCUAUUAUUUACAACUUUUAACUCUUUGAAUUAUGAGUAGUAGUACUUUUAUUUCUCUCUUUUGGAAAUCUGUGCCAUUUGUUUCAUUUGUUUUAUUUUAUAUAGUAUAUUAUGUCUAAAAUAGAGGCCAUUCUGCUAGCGAGAACCUGUCAUCUUUCUGCUUCUGGGCUCCACAUCUUGGAGAGUUUAGAGAAUUUCUCCUGGACUACAUGAGCUUGGAGCACGACUAAUAAGGAGGUUUCUCAAUCUUUUAAUUAGGCUUCUAGGAUUUUUCGGUCAAGGAAUUAGUACUAAUUUUGAAAUUGAUGUCAAGUUGACAGUCAGUUGUAAAAUCUUCAAUGAGCCAUAUGCUUUGUGUUGAUCCCAUUUCAGGGCCUAAGCUUCUUUUACCACAGAUCCAUGUGCUCAAAGUACUGAUAUGUUGUAUCAUUCUCCUAUGUCAUAAGUAUUUGAUUAUCAUCGACCAUUUUAUGAUAAG